UUUUCCAGCCCUGUAUUUCAUGAUGGUCUCCAUUUCUAUUAUAUAUGCCUUAUUUCAAUGUAGUUGUGCUCUCUACAAUUUCGUGGAUUCCUCCAGUUCUAUUACCAUUACUGUCAAAAUUAUAGAUUAAAAACUUUGACCUCAGUGAUUCAUAAUUAUCAUUGCAUUUGAUGAUGGCAUCCGAUACUAAAGAAUGCCAUGUAGUGCUGCACCAACCUUCUGAUGCUGCAGUCUGGAAGGGCAGAUGCCCAGAGCAGAGCCCAAUGCAAGCAUCUCCUGCUGGCAGCAAAGUAAAGUCUGAAGCCUUGGAUAAGGUUGAUCCUUCUCUGACCCUCAAAGUUUGCACUAUCUUCAUCAAAGGGGAGCCUGAGGAUGAAACUGAAGAAGUAUCCAUCAAGGAGGAACCAUUCUUAUAUGGAAGUGAGGAACUGUGCCAAACUGUCCAAAUUUUCUUUUCAAAAUACCUCUUCCUUGCUCUUCAAUGA